UGUCCUGAGAGCGUGGCCGUCGCCGGAGUCAAAGGCGCGCUAAUCGGUGGCCUCCUCGCACCCCACGGCUGGCGCAAGGAGGAGACGCUGCUGGUCGACGACUGCCUCGAGCACAUUCGCGGCGCGAGCGCCUGGCUGGCGCGCGGCUUCAGCUGGACGGAGGCGCACCAGGCGGCCUUCGACGCGCAGGGCUUCCUGUGCCUGCCUCGCUUCCUCUCCCGGCCGGCGCUCGACUACUUGCGCGCCGCGUUCGACUUCACCCUCGCCCACCGCAGCGACGCCGUCCACCCCGAGUGGCUCCUUGGGCUGCACGAGGCCGCAGAGGGGGUGUGCGGCGCGCACGGAGGCUGCAACUGGAUGUGGGAGCUGGCGACGCAGCCGGCCCUCCUCGACAUGCUCCGGAGGCACGUCGGCCCCGACGUCGUCCUCUUCUCGACCCAACUCGCGUUCAAGCCCCCCGCGUGCGACGGCGGCGGCGAGGCGGUCCCGUGGCACGUGGACGGCGACGGGCGGUGCCGCACGGUCUGGCUGCCGCUCGACGAUGUGGACGAGGGGAGCGGCGGGCUGAUGGUGCUCCCUGGCAGGCACGCCGCCGGCCGCGCCCCCUUCCGCCGGCUGCGCACCGCCUCCGACGUCGCAACCUUCCGCUUCUACCACAAGUACUCGCUGUACGAGGUCGACGUCUCGCAGGCGCAGCGCCGGCCGUGGGCGUCGCGCACAGAGCCGCUCGAGGCGGAGGGGCUGGUGAGGGAGCCGUGCACCGGGGUCAGCUAUGAGAAGCGGUCGUACCAGCUGUGA